AUGGCGACAGUGGAGCGUGUCUUGGCGGAGCUGAUGCGGCUCAAUGAGGAAAAUGUGGCACCUUUUACUGAUUCUAUGUCACAAUCUUCAUGUAAUUCAUCUCUUGGCCAAUUCUCCAUCGUCUCUGCAUCGUCCUUAGCCCCCGAAGCGGUUAAGAUUGUACCCUACCGUAGCCCCACGGAUACUUUCGCUGCGUCACCUUUUGCGUUACCGCAAGUACGUCUCACAUCGCCGUAUGGAGAUAGAUCAGUAGUACAAAGAGAUCUGGAGAAGUUUGCGAAUCCUGUGUUUGCUUUGGAGCGCCUGGGACCCUUUCCUCGUGGCUGGGGAAGCAGUGACCCCACGACGACCACGAAGAAGAAGGUUAUGAUUCUACAAAGCCGUCUCUUACCACAGAUGCCCAUGUCUGCACCUCGAAAUUUGCUGCGUCCUACAUAUAAAUCGAUGGUAAAAGAUCCUUUGAAGCUUCAAUACGAGCUUCGAGCGGCAGACGUUUCUAAUGUUGAAGCAGGCGCAGGAUUUAGCAGCGCACUGAGCAAGCAGGAUGAGUACGCUCGAGGAAAAAUGAGCAAUAAGCCGUUCUUGCCCGGUGGUAACUCGCUGGUGGAGCUAAACACAGAGGAGAAAGAGGAACAAAUGAAGCCCAUGCAACGAUUGCUACUAAAAGAAGAGGAGCAGAACCGGAAUAUGCUUGUGCUGGGAAACAACAAAAACAUGGAUGACAAAUUGUUGGAGUGUCUGGUGUUUGAUGUGCCUGGCAUUAAUGGCUGUUUGAGUGCAGCAGAUGUGAAAAAGAUUGAGAAAAAAGAUAGUGAAGAGGAGGUGCAGGAGGAAAGUGAGACCGUGGGAGUGAACCCCAAGUUACUGCUCUUACCUUACAUCGAAGCUGCAGCCGAUAAAGAUCAUAUGGCUGCAAUUCAGAGUGCUAUCUUGGACAGGAAGGCCGCAAAUGCAAUGAGACAAAAUGAUGAAAUUACAACAGUUGGACUCGACCAGUUGCUGCGUGAUGUGGAGAGCGAUAGAGAACUUAUCGAGUUGGGUUUUGGGAUUGAAGAAGAUGAGCAAGAAACUGUACAAGACAAUAAGCAGAAUGAAGUUGGCUCAGAGCUGGUGGAUGUAACAGCCAAGGCAAUAGAAUUUGUGGAUGGGCUUGAUGAGGAGGGUACUGAUGAAGAUUUUGUUGAAGACCCGGCAACCAUACUGGAGUCAAUUCUUGAUUCAGCUUCCAAGUCGACCAAAAUUUUAAGCUUGCAUAAAAAAACAGACUAUAUAUCGGAAUGGGCAAGCAUAGUAAGCAUCGAUGUGCGCAACUUCCAUGAGAAGGUCCCGGAAAUGGCGAUGAAAUACGACUUUGAACUGGACACUGUUGUUGCGGAAUAUGCCAUUGCGAUGUCUCAGAAGCACAUGACUCGAACCAUUUACACAUCGCCCAUUAAAGCGCUUUCGAACCAGAAGUACCGCGACUUUCGCACCAAGUUUGGUCCUGACAAUGUUGGCUUGAUUACAGGCGAUGUUAGUAUUAACCCUGACGCAAGCUGUCUUGUCAUGACAACGGAAAUCUUACGUUCGAUGUUGUAUCGAGGCGCGGAUAUUAUUCGCGAUAUUGAGUGGGUUAUCUUUGAUGAAAUUCAUUACAUUAAUGAUAGCGAACGUGGAGUAGUAUGGGAGGAAGUGAUUAUAAUGCUUCCCGAACACAUUGGUAUGGUGUUUUUGUCGGCAACCACUCCAAACCACUUGGAAUUUUCAGACUGGAUCGGACGUACGAAGAAGCAUAAAAUUCACGUAAUAUCGACUAACAAGCGGCCCGUUCCUCUUCAACACUUCCUUUAUGCUGGAAAGGAGUUAUUUAAGCUGUAUGAUGCCACUUCUGGGUAUCUUCCAAAUGCUCAUGGUGCAGCUAAGGCAAAACUUUACCCUGUGUUAGACAAAUCAAAGGCAGGUGGUCGAGGCAGUGCAGCCAUAUCUCAGGGAGGUGGUAGUAGUGCGAACGUACGUAGCAUUCGCAAGUCGGGAGGUGAUCAAGGAGAGUGGACGAAACUUAUUAACACUUUGAAGGAUAAAGCACUUCUUCCGGUGGUAGUGUUUGCCUUUAGCAAACGUCUGUGCGAGGAAAGUGCAAGCAAGUUGGCCAAGCUUGAUAUGAGCACGCCAUCGGAGCGGUCUGAAAUUCACCUUUUCCUUGAGAAUAGUGUGCAUAGACUUCAAGGAUCCGACCGUGAGUUGCCACAGGUGCUAACAAUGAAAGAAAUGCUCAAACGUGGCGUUGGUGUUCACCAUGGUGGCCUGCUCCCGAUUAUCAAGGAGAUGGUCGAAAUUUUAUUCGGCCGAGGUCUUGUCAAGGUACUGUUCUCAACAGAAACGUUUGCAAUGGGUGUGAAUAUGCCUGCGCGUACGGUUAUCUUUAAUGGCAUUCGUAAGCACGAUGGUAAGAACUUUCGAGACCUUUUGCCUGGCGAGUACACACAGAUGGCUGGUCGAGCUGGUCGUCGUGGUCUGGACUUGGUUGGUACCGUUAUCAUUGCAUGCUGGAACGAUGUUCCCGAGCCCACAUCGCUGAGAACAAUGCUAGCAGGAAAGGCAACAUCACUUUCCAGUCAGUUCCGCCUGACAUACAACAUGAUUUUGAACCUUUUACGAGUGGAGGUGCUGACGGUGGAGGAUAUGAUGAAGCGCUCUUUUUCAGAAUUUCACACACAAAAGGCUCUUGCGUCGAAGAAUAUUCCCAAAUUAAUUCAGAAGGGCAAGAAACUGCUUCAGCAACUUGAGCGGUCCCUUGUUGAAGAUUAUCCGCACUUGGAGACGAGCGGACAGUUUGCACAGAUGCAGGGAUUUUAUCAGCUAAAGCGCGAUAAGCGUGAACUGGAAAAGAUUUUGACAAAGUGGCUGCUUGCAAACAACAUUCAAGCCGCCAAAAAUGCAAUUGCGCCUGGACGGAUUGUAGUUAUCAACGUGAAAGGGCUGUCGUCUGGACAAUUGGCACUAGUGGUGCGUACGAAUGCUGCUUUGGUGGGUGAGGGUGGAUGUGCUAGGUCAAAGCGUUCGUUUGAAAUCGAUCUUCAAAAAUCAAGUGUUACCGACGGAGGAUACAGGGGAGUAUUCAAGUCAAUUAUGGUCAUAACUCUAUGCCCAGACGACUACCAGCCUCCAAAGGUGGAAAACCUAUCAGCCUCCACGAAGAGCUGUCGCACUGUCUUGGACAGCGGGCGUAUGUUGCGUAGCAAGAGGUAUGAUGAUGACGACUGUGUGUUUGGAAGAGUGGUCAUGCAAGAAAAAUCAAAAACCCAAGAGAGCUCUGAGCUCAUGGCUCCCUCCACGGCUACGCUCUUAGGAAUAAAGUACGCCGUGCUGGAAGUUCCUGAAAGCUGUCUUGAGAGUAUCACCUCUGUUGUAGCAUCGAGUGUAAAUACUAAAACGCUCGUGGCCUUCUCAUCAAAGAAGGAGCUCGCCAGUAGUAUUGAGUUCCUGGUCAAUGACCUAGAAGUCGUGACAGGCUACACCCAGUGGCAGCAGUUGUACUCGAAGGUACUUAGCCAUCCUUGUGCAACGGACUCAUCUUCAGUUUCUCGUGUUAUGGGCAAAGUAGAGAAAAUUAUCAAGCUGAAGGCCUAUUUGGCACAGCUGACUCGAGAGCUGUCAAAUGAUUCGUUGUCGCUCUUCCCUGACUUUCAACAGCGACUGAGUGUGUUGAAAAGACUCGGUUACAUCUCGGACGAUGGUGUCGUGCAGAUUAAGGGUCGGGUUGCGUGCGGAAUCAAUACGUGCGAAGAGCUAGUAUUGACAGAGAUGAUUUUUGAAAAUGUGCUAGCCAACCUGGAGCCUGAAGAGAUUGUUGCCGUGCUUUCUGCGCUUAUCUUUCAAGAAAAAUCACUGUCUGAGCCUACGCUCACCCCUACACUGGAGAUAACUCGUGAUGUGGUCAAGAACAUUGCGGAAGCACUUGGUCUCAUCCAACUGGAGCAGCGACUGGACAUUGACCCUGCGGUCUACUGCAAAGGUGCUCUCAACUUCGGUUUAAUGGAAGUCGUAUAUGAAUGGGCAAGAGGAAUGCCAUUCAAACAACUAUGUGAGCUCACAGACGUCCAAGAAGGCUCUAUCGUUCGCUGCAUUACGCGUCUGGAUGAAGUUUGUCGUGAAGUACGCACUGCUGCCCGCGUUAUUGGUGACCCGCAACUUUACCGCAAGAUGGAAGUUGCCUCUGAGGCCAUCAAGCGUGACGUUGUGUUCGCCAGCAGUUUGUACCUAUCUUAG